AUACCCAUAUUUCCUCACUGAACAAAGAACACUCAUUAUAAACUCAGUCAGUUUCUCUUUCUGUUAAUAAACCGCUCCGUUUCGAGACUGAAAAAUGCGUGAGAUUCUUCACAUCCAGGGAGGCCAAUGCGGCAACCAGAUCGGAGCUAAGUUCUGGGAGGUAGUAUGUGCAGAGCAUGGAAUCGAUUCCACCGGAAGGUACAGCGGCGACAACGAUCUGCAACUCGAGCGAGUUAAUGUGUACUAUAACGAAGCCAGUUGCGGAAGAUUCGUUCCACGCGCCGUUUUGAUGGAUCUGGAGCCUGGUACUAUGGACAGCGUCAGAUCUGGACCAUAUGGUCAGAUAUUCCGACCUGAUAACUUCGUUUUUGGACAGUCCGGUGCCGGAAAUAACUGGGCGAAAGGUCAUUAUACUGAAGGAGCUGAGUUGAUCGACUCGGUUCUCGAUGUUGUCAGGAAAGAAGCGGAGAACUGUGACUGCUUGCAAGGAUUUCAAGUGUGCCAUUCAUUGGGAGGUGGUACUGGAUCAGGGAUGGGAACACUGCUUAUUUCAAAGAUCAGAGAAGAGUAUCCGGAUCGAAUGAUGCUCACUUUUUCGGUGUUUCCAUCUCCGAAGGUUUCUGAUACUGUUGUUGAGCCGUACAAUGCAACUCUAUCUGUUCAUCAACUUGUUGAGAACGCAGAUGAGUGUAUGGUUUUGGAUAAUGAGGCUCUUUACGAUAUUUGCUUCAGGACUCUUAAGCUAACCACACCUAGUUUUGGUGAUCUUAACCAUCUUAUUUCUGCCACCAUGAGUGGGGUGACAUGUUGCCUUCGUUUCCCUGGUCAACUCAACUCCGACCUCCGCAAACUUGCUGUUAAUCUUAUCCCAUUCCCUCGUUUGCACUUCUUUAUGGUGGGGUUUGCGCCACUCACAUCUCGUGGGUCACAGCAGUACAGGGCGCUGACUGUACCUGAACUAACUCAACAAAUGUGGGAUUCCAAGAACAUGAUGUGUGCUGCUGAUCCUCGUCAUGGACGUUAUUUGACCGCUUCAGCUAUGUUCCGUGGGAAAAUGAGCACCAAAGAGGUUGAUGAACAAAUGAUCAAUGUUCAAAACAAGAACUCAUCUUACUUUGUUGAGUGGAUUCCCAACAAUGUGAAAUCAACAGUUUGUGACAUUCCCCCAACUGGAUUGAAGAUGGCCUCUACAUUCAUCGGCAACUCCACCUCAAUUCAGGAAAUGUUCCGAAGGGUAAGCGAGCAAUUCACUGCCAUGUUCCGAAGAAAGGCUUUCUUGCACUGGUACACUGGAGAGGGUAUGGAUGAGAUGGAGUUUACCGAGGCAGAGAGUAACAUGAAUGAUUUGGUGUCCGAGUAUCAACAAUACCAAGAUGCAACAGCUGAUGAGGAAGGAUAUGAGGAGUACGAGGAUGAAGAUGAAGUUCAAGAAGAAGCUUAAGUAUACUGUACUUUAGUAUUAGUAUCUGUCUAUUAUGUUUGUUACAACUAUGUUGGAUUUGACUGUUUCGUUUGUACCUGAAUACCUUAUUUGGGAGUUAUGGAUUUUGUUGUUGCAGUGGUA